GAAUACUGUAAAUGAAAAUGAAUUUGACGUGCAAACUAAUAACAGCAAGCUGCUGUUCAGUCUUACGGAAUAAUACAGUAUUUUUUUUGUCUGGUCAGGCACGUCAGACAUGUGACUAACUCAUCUGCAACGAGACACAUUAACAGUCAAAUAGAUUUAAUUACGCUGUUUUUCGGCACUUUAUUAUUUGAGAAGGAAGCGGAAUUAAAAGAGGAUCGAAUUUCACUCUGACUGUGACCCUGCCAGGACCGAGACAGACGCGAAUUCGCGUGUUUUUUACUCUUCGCCUGUACAGUAUAUCAAGGCACGUCAGAUGACACGUGACUAACUCAUCUGCAACGAGGCACAUUAACAGUCAAAUAGAUUUAAUUACGCUGUUUUUCGGCACUUUAUUAUUUGAGAAGGAAGCGGAAUUAAAAGAGGAUCGAAUUUCACUCUGACUGUGACCCUGCCAGGACCGAGACAGACGCGAAUUCGCGUGUUUUUUACUCUUCGCCUGUACAGUAUAUCAAGAUUCAUGUCAUCCAUCAGUGGUGAAAUUAAGGCUAUUAUCCUCAAGACGUUGCCCAGCUUGUCUGAGGAUAUUCAAAAUCAGAUUAUCACUGGACUUCUGAGCUCAGGAGUGGAAUCAUUAGACGACCUCAAGUAUGUACAGCAAGAUGAUCUCAGAGACUUUUUACCUGUCAUACACCAAAGGAAGGUUCUGGAGGCAUUCAGAAAUGAAACUUUAAAAGUCACACUUGAUCUCGAAAUCUUGCCACAUGAUCUCGAAGUCUUGCCGCUUGGCUCAACACAAACAAGUCUAUCUUCUGUCUCCAGUACACUGCCUUUUUCCUCUUCAUCUUCAUUGUCAAGCCCUUCACCAGCAUCAUCACCUUGUACUUCGAGCAGGGUGAGUCAACCAGCCAACAUAUCCAGUAAAUGGCACGAAACCUUUGAGAUUCCUUGGGAUAAAAUGCCUGAGGAAGUGCAGUCAGCCAUUGCUAACGGCAAGCGACCUGCUCCUGACAAGCGACGCCAGAUGAUACGCAUCCUGGUGGAUGAAAUAAGAAAACACGAUGCUAAUCCAACACGUAAUGAAUGUCUCCUCAUCUGCCGUAAUAUCGUUAAACAGUACCCGAGUAGUUUUGCCGAUAUGAUGCCAGGAGGUGUUAUCAUUGGUGGUGGAUUUACUUCACUCCUUUCUCAGGUAAAAACAAGGAUUGAAAAUGUUAACCGUGCAGGGACAUUGAAACGACACAGAACAUCAAGACUGUCUGGACAACUGCAGAGGCCAAGUGAUUCUUAUGGAUGCAAACAAUUUAACCCAGAACUGCCAUUAGAAGAAACUCAUGAUACACUGGAACAGAAGCGGCAACAACUGGAGAACAUUUACAGACAGGAAGGUAUUCACAGUGGUGAGAAGGCUGAAGUGAUAAACCUCAUGAAAACAACAUUCUGUCUUCAGCGUACUAAAAUUAAUGAGACUCCAGCCCCUUCGAUUCAAAAUUUGAGAAUCCAGUGGCCUUACCUCUUUACUCAAAGGGGUAUCUUCUGCCACUUCGAGUUACUGACAGACAUUAGUGUGUUAAGUGCUUUGGAACUAUCCAUUAAAGAAUGUGGGCAAGGAAUAGUGAAGUAUUUGAUGACCAAAGCAAAGAACAAGCCUGUCAUCUCCGAGGGUGAAGAUGCGGAGCUGACUCUCAUCCGGCUGCUGAUGGCCUACUUUGAUGAGAAAACAGAGGGACUGAUACUCCGUGCUGAUAUGUCUGCCACUGUGGCAGAUGUUGAGCAAACCCUGACCCUCCCUGCUAGUCCAAGGCUGAUACUGCUGGUUGCUGGUGAUGAAAUCACACUUGGAGGGUGGAUGAUCAGCAUCGAAAACAACAUAAUCUGUGAAGGCAUCCAGCAAAGCUUCAUCAGAGGGCUGGCUGCAGUUUUCGCCACCUACUAUGUUUUCAACUUGCAAUACCAAGAGGAAGCUGCAAGGACACUGGAGUUUGUCCAAAGACGCUUAAUUGGUGUGAACCCUGAGAGGGGAACUAAAGCCAGCCAGGUGAAGUUGUCCAAGAAAACAGGAAAGCUGGUCACGAAAAAGGCAGCAACUGUGAAUCCCCAUGUGGCCACCCUGAUCAAAAACCUCAUGGACUUUGAGUGGGGUUUUAUUUAAAUUUUUUAUAGUUAUUUUAUUUGAAGGUGAUGACACAGCAUUGUGUUCAGCAACCAGAACUGUACUGUGUUCAGCAACCAGAUGUUUAAGAAAAGUCACAGCAUUGUGUUCAGCAACCAGAUGUUUAAGAAAAGUCACAGGAUUGUGUUCAGCAACCAGAUGUUUAAGAAAAGUCAAAACAUUGUGUUCAGCAACCAGAUGUUUAAGAAAAGUCACAGCAUUGUGUUCAGCAACCAGAUGUUUAAGAAAAGUCACAGGAUUGUGUUCAGCAACCAGAUGUUUAAGAAAAGUCAAAACAUUGUGUUCAGCAACCAGAUGUUUAAGAAAAGUCACAGCAUUGUGUUCAGCAACCAGAUGUUUAAGAAAAGUCACAGGAUUGUGUUCAGCAACCAGAUGUUUAAGAAAAGUCAAAACAUUGUGUUCAGCAACCAGAUGUUUAAGAAAAGUCACAGCAUUGUGUUCAGCAACCAGAUGUUUAAGAAAAGUCACAGCAUUGUGUUCAGCAACCAGAUGUUUAAAAAAGUCAAAACAUUGUGUUCUGCAACCAGAUGUUUAAGAAAAGUCACAGCAUUGUAUUCAGCAACCAGAUGUUUAAGAAAAGUCAAAACAUUGUGUUCAGCAACCAGAUGUUUAAGAAAAGUCACAGCAUUGUGUUCAAAAACCAGAUGUUUUAAAAAGUCAAAACAUUGUGUUCUGCAACCAGAUGUUUAAGAAAAGUCACAGCAUUGUA